AUAUGAGCUGUAGCUUGUACUUUUAGGUGCAAAUUGAAUAACUAAUUAUUAGAGCUAUAACAAAAAAAUUGAUAUCUAAUCAUAAAUGAUUCUUCAGCAUUUUGUGGUGCAGCCUAGAUCUAAUGAUUCUUUGCUGUUGGACUUCUAACAGAACUGUAGGUGGAAAUUCUUAAAAGUACAUGAAAAAAAUUUAGAAUUCUCUUUUUUAGUUCUGGCAAAAUUUCCAAACUCUGGGGUAAACCUGGAAAUUUGCAUCAUCUACAUAUGGUGCUUCAUGACUAUCUGUGAAGGACUGUUUCACCUAAUUGUCCUGAUGUUUUGUGGAGUCAUCUUAAAGAGAAGGUAUGUUAACGUCUGCAGACUUGAUCCAAUAUUAUAUGAGAGUUUGGCUGUUUCAGAGUCUUUCUUUAUCAUGUGACUUCUGUUUAAUUUUUAAGUAUGUUCAGGGUGUUACAACGUAUAAACAUUAAGUGUAGGAAAAGAAAAUGCAAAAAAAUUAAAUUUGAAUUGUUCUAGUUGGCAGCCAGCCCAGAAGCUGACCAUCAUCUUCCUGGUUAUAAAAUUCUCUGGUCUGCCGUUCUCGUGUAGAAGAGAGGGACAACAGAGUGGACAGCUCUUGUUAUAGUGACUAAGAGUGAAUAAUAUGUAUGUACCGUUAUAAUAAAUACUGUUUGGAAGAUCUGUGUCAGGGUGGAAUGCCUCAUCAUGGUGCUGGGACUAAUACUAUUCUGUUUUUUUUAACAAAAAUUAGGAAGAACUGCGGAUGCUGUAAAUCAGGAAACAAAACAAAUUGCUGGAAAAGCUCAGCAGGUCUGGCAGUAUCUGUGAAGGAAAAAGAGUCAGAACUGAGGAAAGGUCACUGGACCCGAAACGUUAACUGUUUUUUUUCCUAAUUUUUGAUUUAAGAACUUGGUGCAAUGUGGUUAAUAUUGCACUUGCUUUCAAAUCAGCAGGAUAGGUGAAACUGGAGGAGGUGGUUGAGAAAUUACAGAAUGAAUUGGCUGAAGGGAGAAGACCGAUAAUGAGAUGAAAUUUAAUGCAGACAAAUGUAAAGUGCUUCACAUAGGAAGGAAAAAUUGGCAACAUACGUGCUAUGAAUGAUGAAAUAGUGCCCUUAAAGACAGUCGCUUUCCUCCAAUGACGAGGGAAGAAUUACCACGGCUUUUUUGCUCGGUGUCUCUUCUUACCAACUUUGAAGAUGUUGGAGAUUACUUAGAUUGGGAGGUGGGUGUACAUGGCAUUAGAAUAGAAUUCAUCAAUGAAAAAGGAUCAAAACGCACCGCCACAUACCUGCCGGAGGUUGCGAAGGAGCAAGGUUGGGACCACAUUCAAACCAUAGAUUCCUUGCUACGAAAGGGAGGCUACAAGCCUCCCAUCACGAAUGACUUUAGGAAGACCAUUAAACUGACCAGGCUUGCCUACUUGGAGCCCCAUUUAAACAAUUCCAAAACUGGUAACAUUUGAGGACCAUUGCAGUGAUUGUUGAACAGCAAGGAUUCCUAGAAAAUAAAUAGUUUAAGAUCUGCGUGAA